AUGUUGUGUGCAAUCUCGGGCGAAGCGCCGCAGGUGCCUGUCGUGUCCACAAAGAGUGGCAACGUGUUCGAAAAGAGGCUUAUAGAAGGAUAUAUUUCUGAAAAUGGCAAGGAUCCUGUCACUGGAGAGGAGUUGUCCACAGACGACUUGGUCGAAUUGAAAAGUUCGCGCACCGUUCGACCUCGUCCGCCCACCCUCACCUCGAUUCCUUCGCUUCUCGGUGUUUUUCAAGAGGAAUGGGACGCGCUGGCCUUGGAAACGUAUACUCUCCGCCAGUCUUUGGUUCAGACACGGCAAGAGCUGAGCACGGCCUUGUACCAGAACGAUGCUGCCGUGCGAGUUAUCGCCCGCCUGACUAAAGAGAGGGAUGAGGCUCGCGAUGCCCUCUCAAAGAUCUCGGUUGGAUCGGCUCGCGGCCCAUCGGCUGGCGACGCUAUGCAGGUUGACAGUGUUGGGCUUCCGGAUUCGGUGGUCAGCAGAAUCAACGAAACACAGGCUUCGCUUUCCAAGUCGAGAAGCAAGCGUCCGAUUCCAGAGGGAUGGGCUACGGGGGAUUCGAUUCAGUCAUACCAGCCCGCAGCGAGCUCGGAACCUUUGUAUCCUGGAGGAAAAUCGCUUUCAGUCAACUCUACCGGAGACCUCGCGCUGGUCGGCGGUGUCGAUGGGAUCGCCGGUAUCUAUUCUAUUGCGAAACAACAAGUUGUGCAAACCCUCAAGGCCGAUGGACCAGUCACGGACGCAGUCUUUGCUGGCUCCAAGGCUGUUGUGGCUUCUGCGACCGGGUCUGUGAAAUUCUUCGAGAAUGGCGCCGAAACUGCCAGCUUUGCCUCUCAUGCAGGCGAGGUCACUGCAGUCGCCGUCCACCCUACUGGCGACAUCAUUGGCUCCGUUGGUGUCGACAAGAGCUACGUGCUGUAUGAUGCAGCGACCUCGUCAGUUGUUGCGCAGGUCUACGGCAGUGCUGGUUUGCUCUCUGCCAAAUUCCACCCUGAUGGCCACUUGCUUGCUGUUGGUGGCGCGGACGGACAGAUUCAUGUGUACGACGUCAAGUCAGGCACUCCAGCGGCUACAUUCCCCAUGUCUGCGCCUGUUACCCAGGUCGAAUUCUCCGAGAACGGCUACUUCAUGGCCGCCGUCACAGAAAACUCAACCGACAUCUCCAUAUGGGAUCUGCGCAAAUCCAAGAUCCACAAGGUCCUACCGACCGGCACCCAGAUCACGUCUCUUUCCUGGGACUACACGGGCCAGUUCCUUUUGAGUGGUGGGCCAAAUGGACUGACCGUUCAGCAAUACAACAAAUCCGCAAAGGACUGGUCAGAGUCCCUUCGCAGUGCCGUGCCAGCCGUGGGAGUUGCUUGGGGGCACUUGGCACAAAGCGUCGUUACCGUGAAUGGCGAGGGCGUAGUCUCUGUUCUGGCUCAAUCAUGA